AUGUCUCAAAGUUCACCUUCUAUGCGCCACUUUUUCAAAUCUGGUAAAGGAAAAUAUUGGCUCUAUGCUGCUCUUGGGUGUCCCUUCGCUCAUAGAUCAUUGAUUGCAAGAAGUAUUAAAAAUUUGAACGACUAUAUAGGUGUGUCAAUUACACAUUGGUAUCUUGGUAAGAAUGGAUGGCGUUUCCUAGAGGCGAAUGAAGAAAAAAUGGGCGAUAAUGCUUAUAGAUACGAUGGUGGCAUUCGUUCAACUGAGGAUGAUACUUCUACAAGAAUUGGUGACAUUCCGGACCACAGCAACAGGUUAUUCGUCGAUGGCUCAUUUGAUCCGAACUACAAGGCGAAAAGCAUGAAGGAUUUGUAUUUACGUAGUGACCCAAAUUAUUCUGGUAAAUUUUCAGUGCCAAUUUUAUGGGACUUGACAGCAUCCAAAAUUGUUAACAAUGAUAGCGGAGAGAUUAUUAGGUGCUUGAACUCUAUUGGAAAUGAAAUACAUAAGGACAAAAAGACUAUCGAUUUGGCUCCUUCCAAACUAAUUCCUGAAUUAGACACCUUUAAUUCUUGGCUGCAGGAGAAUAUAAAUAUGGGUGUCUACAAAAUUGGUCUGGCUACAAAACAAUCUGAAUUUGAAAGCAACCUAGCUACUCUUUACAGAAAACUUAAUGAGUGCGAAGAUCACUUGAAGGGAGUUUACAAAGAUAUUGAAAAAGAGGUUGGUAAGAACAAUAAAGUUGAGAUCCUCAAAAAAUUCUAUCUAUUUGGAAAUCAAAUUACAGAUACAGACAUUAGAUUCUACACAACUGCAAUUAGGUUUGAUUCUUCUCAUGCCCAACAUUUGAAGUGUAAUUGGAGAAUAAUAAGAGAUGAUUAUCCUUACAUACAUUUGUGGCUUAGGAACCUAUACUGGAACCACAAAGCCUUUAGGUUAACAACCAAUUUUAAUCACAUCAAAUUAUUUUAUUCUCGUUCACAGAAGAAGAUCAACCCUUCAGGAAUUACUCCACUCGGUCCCGAGUUUGACAUUCUUAAAUUAUGA